AUGACUGCCAAGGACUCCCAACAUCCUCACAAAGAAGUCAUCAUCAAGCCUGCGACGCUCGCUGAUGCUGCUCGCAUCGCAGAGCUAGGUUCACAUGUCUUCACAAUAACAUUCGGCCACUCCGUCGAACCCCACGAACUCAGCGCCUUCCUCGAAGAAUCCUACACAGAGGCAUCAAUUAUCAACGACUUGAACGACACAAACAAAGAUGUUAUCAUCGCGACAAACUCCGACGAUGACUUUCUCGGCUUCGCAUAUCUCACCCGGGGAAGCAGUGAACCCUGUGUAGAAAACAUGGAAAAGACUGUUGAACUACAGCGAAUCUACGUACAUCCUAAGUCUCAUGGUGCCGGCGUUGGAAAGGCUUUGGAGAAGGCUAUUGAGAGUAUGGCCAAGGAGCAGGGGUUCAAAAAUUUGUGGCUUGGUGUUUGGGAGGAGAACCCGAGGGCGAUAAGGGCGUAUGAGAAAUGGGGAUACAAACAGGUCGGGGAUCAUGAUUUCACUAUUGGGUCUAUUGUUCAAACUGAUCAUAUCAUGGUUAAAAGCUUGUAG